AUGGGUUGUGAUAUGGAAUUUAAACGUUUGAUCAUAUUUUUAUGUCUUUUAACUCUGGCACAUUCCAUCAAUCCCAGGUGUAACAUAAUAUCAGAAAAUUUAAAAUUUGGCCAAAUCAUUAAAGGAAACAAUGUUGUUUUCAAUGAUCGGUAUCUUAAUUCAGGCGGUGUACUUGGUUCGAGGUUUAUUUAUACUAACUAUCCGGCCUUCGUAAGAUCACCGGGUGUUACACUUUCUAGACUCACUAAAAAGACUUUAAAUUUAAAUAAAGACAAAACAGAUGAAUUAAAUAAAUUAGAUGGGCAGUUUUAUAAAGAAAAUUCACCAGAUUUCAAUAUUGAUGAAUCAGAAACUGGUGAUGAGUUAAAUCGUAACACACAAAACACUCCAGAUUUAACAUCCUUAUCUCAAAACCACGGUUCUGUUUACAAGAACGCCAAUGUUGGCGGUUUUUAUGCUCAAAAUAAAACUGAGGCAGUUGAAUCUGGUUUAAACAACAGUGAGUCGAGUGAUUCGACUCAGAGCGGCACAGCGGCAUCAUGUAAAUUAGUAAAACACGAUCAAGGAGCAGUGGAAACGCUGCUGUCGAGGUUAAACUUGAAAAGAGACUGGGCUUCGGUAACCGAUAAGUUGAAGAAGGCUAAGCAGGGAGUGGCCAGCGCCCUGUACCCUAGUGGAGCCUCGGAGCAAGCCGUACGCUUCACCAACUGGAAGAUGCUAGAGCGCACACUCCUCUCAAUGUCCUCGACAGUGGCGCUGAACGUGAAGCCGCUGAGCGUGGCCGACGCGGAGGAGGACAAGAACGUCGUGGGAUUCCUGAGGAGCAAGCUGGCCAAGACGAAGCUGUCGACGCUGCUGCUCGCAAGCCUCUUCAAGGAUCUGGUCUCGCGCGUGCUGAACUUCUACUGGUUCAACAAGUGCAUUCGCGUGGCUGACAACCCGCGGGCGUACAGGCUCAUGAGCACCCUAGGGUUCAGCCUCCUGACCCUCUGGGACUUCUUCAUAAACCUGAACGCGCUGGAGCCGAAGGCGCUGCUGCUGGCGGUCAACCACGUGUUUAAGCAGAUGUUCACGCAGACCAGCACUGCGAUUAACCAGCACUACUACGCCACGUCCUACUGGUUGAACGACCAGAAGGAAGACGAGUUCAGCUUCAUCUUCGACAUCCUCGGGAUGUCUCUGGGCAUGUACGCGUCGUACCUCGUCAACGAGGUGAAUUCCAACGAGCUCAAGCUCGCCACUAUUGGCUCGAGCCUUCUCCUCAGCAACCUCAUAACCCUCAUCGUAGCAAGAUUUCUGAAAAGCACCUGA